UGAUUAAUGAUUAAUAGAUUCCUAGAUCAACGAUCAAUAGAUCAUACUAGGUUCAGUCAGUCAUAAUAUAAUUUAUUAUUUUCGUUACGUCUUUGUUGGCUUGUUGCAUAGAUAAUAUUUUAAUAAAAUACAUUUUCAAUUUAUUGUUUAAUACAUUGAAAAUAUAUUGAUCGAUAUCAAAAAACUAAAAAUUUGUAAAGACUAAAUUGGUUUGAUACUCUGGCAGUUUAUAGUGUUUAUACGUUUUGUGUAGUAUCAAUAGUUGUAGUUUUUUUAUCACAAAUAUUAUACAAGUAUUAAUUAAUAAUUAUACAGAAUUAAUAAUAUGAUCUAAGAUACAGACAUUGUAUUUUUAAUUCCAAUGAAAGAAACGCUUAUCACUUAUCGAGCAGAAUGAUAAAUAGACUAUUCAGAAAACAACAAUGCCAUUCAUGCUCAUACCUCAUUGAGUGUGUCAAUCAUAUAAAAAGGAUAAAACGAUGUACUUUCCAUAUAUUUCGUUAUUUUUAACCUUUUGUGGACUGGCAUUAGCUGAAUUUGAAGAAAAUGUACAUAUUGACGAUAGUAAAUUUGGACCAUUGGAACAACCAGAUUCUCCAAAAAAUUUUACAUCUGUACCGCAAGUAACUGAUUUUACUGAUAUCCUAACUAUAAGUAAUGCCAUAAAGAGCUUUCAGAAAAAAAUGGAAGAAGAACAUAAUUACUUGCCAACUAUGCAAGCAUAUUUAACAACAAGCACUGCUAGUAAUGGUGGAAAAGAAUUCAAAUUAAGUACAUUUUUAUCGUCAGUUAUAUAUGCUGAAAUUGUUACUGACAAUACAAAUACCAGUCAACCAUCCAUUAAUGAACCAUUAGCUAAUGUUACAACUGCUAAUAAUUCAAGGAUUGUAAAUUGUACCACACUUGUACCUUUAAAUCAAACAGAAAUUUCAGUUGAGGUUGUUAAUUCAUCACGACUUGGAUAUGUCUUAAAAUCUGAUCCUGAAGUAAUUAAUCGUCGUGAAUCUGGCGUUUGUUCAUUAGUGUUAUUUUAUGCUAGAUCAUGUCAAUUCAGCACUUUAGCUGCACCUCACUUCAAUGUACUUCCAAGAAUAUUUCCUCAAAUUAAAAUGGUAGCUUUUAAUGCUAUAUCUGAACAAAGAUACAAUACAAUGUAUGGUAUAACUGGAGUGCCAUCAUUAGUUCUAUUUCAUAAUGGAAAACCUAUUGCCAAAUACAAUGGUUCAGAUUAUUCACUUUAUGAGUUUACUAAAUUUGUUAUUAGACAUACAGAUCUCACUCCAAAUGAAAAGGUGGAAAUUUCUGUGACAGAUUUUGUAAAACCUGUUCCUGGAUUUGGGAACCGUGAUUAUGAUUAUUCUCUUUGGUUAGCAUGGUUUGUAAUUAUAUUCUGGAUAUUAGUUUAUGUUAGGACUAUGCAAUUUUGGAGAAAAUUUGUUGAAGACAUAAAGAAUAUAUGGCGUGAAGCUGAAGCACAACAUGAACAUGCAGAUUAAAUUAAUGUAAAUAUUUUCUAUACAGUGUUAUUGUUUUAUUUUUUUUUUUUUAAUUUCUCUUGCUAUUUUUAUUGUUCAUAGUAAUGAUAAUAUAUAUGUAAAUAAUUUUAAGUUAUUAGAAAUUAAAUGGUACUUUUUAUCAUAUCAA